AUGACACGCGCCCAACAACAACUCUCCCUAGGCCUUCUAGUAGCCUCAAUCUACACAAUCUGCGUCCUAGGCCUCCUACCCUUUCCCUCCAAGAUCCAAAAUGAAAUAAUCCCAGUGCUCCCCUUCUGGACCCUCAUAACCUUCGGCGCCUACCUACUCGCAAAACUGGGCUACGGAGUCCUCACCUUCAACGAUGUACCAGAAGCGCACGAGGAAUUGAUGGGACAGAUCAAUGAAGCGAGGAAAGAGUUGAGAGCGAAUGGGGUGACUGUAGAUUAA